UCAUGCUGCUGCCAGGUCCACAGUGUCUCAUGGGUCCCUGUACGGCCUCCCAUUGCUGCUGUCUCCAUCGCCACACUCUGCCAUGUGCCACUUUCAGGUCUCCUCACACUGCUGUGUGUGUUCCAUUUUUUGUCAUAGGGUGCUGGCAGAUUACGGGCCUCCCAUUGCUGCUGCCAGGCCCGUAAUCUGCCAUGGGCCCCUGUACCGCCUCCUCAUGCUGCUGCCAGGUCCAGAGUCUCUCAUGGGUCCCUGUACGGCCUCCCAUUGCUGCUGUCUCCAUCGCCACACUCUGCCAUGUGCCACUUUCAGGUCUCCUCACACUGCUGGUGUGUUCCAUUUUUUG